UUGUCUUCGUCACAGUAAUCCGAUUGGGCUAAAUGCUUCCUCAAAAUGGGCUUUGAACUUCACACGAUAUACAGAAAUAGAAGACACAGCCGGUGGAAGUAUGCUAACUGGGAGAGGCUCAAUUAAAUUAUUAAAUUAAAGCAAGCACACUAAGCUACUUAUCUAGCUUAUUCACGAGCUCGCUUGGGAAGCCAGUGAUAUCACCAACAGCACUUCGCUAACUGUUCUAUAUCAAGAGGAGACUAGAUCGGACUAGCAAUUCAACUAGCAGAUACCUAACGUUACAGAUGCAGCCAUCAAACUACAGGUGGAAACUGAUAGCUAGCUAAAUUAUUCGGCUAGCUUGAAGCAUUGUAAGAUUGCACCAAGCCAGACCUUUGAAUUGGCUAGCCCCUUGUGCUACGAAGAAGAAAUACAGGCUCACUGACAGCUAGUAAUCUUUUGAUUAAUUCAAAGACUGAGGGAAUGGACUUUACAUUGGACUUUGCGGCAGGAUGCAUAGGAGGUGCUGCAGGUGUUUUGGUUGGCCAUCCUUUUGAUACUGUAAAGGUACGACUCCAAGUUCAGAGUGUGGACAGACCUCUGUACCGCGGCACGUAUCACUGCUUCCAGUCUAUCAUACGACAAGAGUCGAUGACAGGGCUCUACAAAGGCAUCGGCUCCCCCAUGAUGGGCCUGACCUUCAUCAAUGCCAUCGUGUUCGGUGUCCAGGGCAACGCCAUGCGCAGGCUGGGCCACGACACACCGCUCAACCAGUUCCUGGCUGGGGCAUCGGCGGGGGCAUUGCAGAGCAUCAUUUGCUGCCCUAUGGAGCUGGCCAAGACACGGAUGCAGCUGCAGGGCUUGGGCGAGAGGAAGUCCAAGCAGAAGUUGUACAAGAACUCACUGGACUGCCUGGUGCGCAUCUACCGGAAGGAGGGCUUCUGCGGAAUCAACCGGGGAAUGGUGACCACGCUGGUCCGUGAGACGCCGGGCUUUGGGAUCUACUUCUUGACCUACGAUGUCCUGACGCGCCACUUGGGCUGCGAGCCCGACGACCCCUACAUGAUCCUCAAGUUGCUUUUUGCCGGCGGCAUGUCGGGCAUCGCCUCGUGGAUCUCCACCUACCCCGUGGACGUCAUAAAAUCCCGGCUCCAGGCGGACGGCGUGGGUGGCCACAACAAGUACAACGGCAUUGCAGACUGCAUGCGUCAGAGCAUGAAGCGGGAGGGCUGGCGGGUGUUCACGCGUGGCCUCACCUCCACACUGCUUCGGGCAUUCCCAGUCAACGCCACAACCUUUGCCACCGUGACUCUGUUCCUCAUGUACAUGCGGAACGACGAGGGCGGCAUCACAGACUGCGAGCCCCUACCCGCCCACUCCUCACUCACUGCGAGCCCACAGCAGGCCCAGCCCUCAAGCCUGUGACCUGGGGAAGAUGGUGCUUCUGCUCUGGUGACCCUGACUGGAGUAGAGGUGGUCCCACAGUGCACCAGUUAAGCUGCUGAGACCUGAGUGACUUGAUCACUCGACAAAGGAUAUUUUUAUACAAUGUAUUUUACGAUUGGAAAACUUUGGUUGUAAAUAUUUACGUGUCCCUUUUUUGACCCUUGGUUUUCUACAGAGCAGCCUUUAAAAAAAAAUGUUUUUGGGGUGAAUUAAUUUGUCACUGGGGGAAGAAAGCAAUCACACUGAAAGUACAUUACUGAACUGGUCAUCCUGGUUACAAACAAAACACCCGUAUACAUGUAUUUAUGCACAGCUUAGUAUAUUUAUAUUGCAGGGUUGGAGUAACGGAUUACAUGUAACAAAACAAACUAAUCCGUUACCGGCAAAAUGAUUGUAAUCAGAUUUGAUACUUUUGAAUUCAGAAAGGAUGUUGGGGGCCCGGGGAAAUCGGACUCCUUUCCAUUUUCUCCUGACAUUCAAAUCAGCAAGUUUUAAAGGGAUACUUAACGAUUUGAUCUACUUCCCCCGGAACUCAUGGAUACCACUCUUAUUUCCGUGUCCAGAAGGAAGUUGGGAGGUAGUUUUGCUAGCCAAUGACUGGAAGUCUAUGGGUAUCUGCUAGCAGAUGCCUAUAGACUGUCAUUAAAAUGCAACAUCCAUUAUGGCCAGCCCUUAACAUUUAUUCAUCCUGCAAUAGAUGUCAUUCAAUUGGUAAUAUACAUUUUGUCUUCGAAUCAUCUUAAAGGGAAAGUAACAAAGUAAAGUUUGAGGAAUCUAAAAGUUAUGUGACUGAUUUAGAAUUUCACAUGUAAACUAGUAAUUAACGGAUUAACCUACCCAACCCUGUUUAUGUAUGUCUGAAAAUAUGUACUGUAUACACAAGUGAAGCUUUCCGAUGAAAAGACUAACUCUGGAGUCCUACUUUCGAGUACAUGGUUUGGAAUCCAUAAGGGUCCGUUCACAUUGCUUGCAGGGAAAAAAACUAUGCCAGAAAGGAAGCCAUUUCAUUCGUUCUAAUCAAUGAUUCUGCUGGCUAGGACCAAUGAAAUGACUUCCUUGUAUAGAUUUUUACGGCGAGCAGUGUGAACGGAGCCUUGGGCCCACGGGUGAAGAGUAUCUUGAGUAACCAUUUUGGGAAGCCAUUGGACAUUAGAUUCGGGUGCGACGUCUGCACAAACUGGUUCCUGAUUUACACAACUCUAAGUUAUUUUUGAUAAUCCUAAUUUAAACACUCAGGGGCAUCAAGUCAAUCAUGUCCCAGACCUUGUAAAGGUGGCACCUUAUUUGUUUAUUUUACUGAAACCCUUGGCAUUAACAAAUGUGCUGAAAUUAUUGCAAUGUUAAGUAUGAAAUGGCACGGCGAAAUAAGAGAAUUGUUUUGAUUCAGGACAAGUUUUUUUUUUUUCUUCUUUUACAGUAGCAUUAUAUUGUGAGGCAGCACAGUCCCUAGAAAAUGUAGCGAAUUAAAUCAGCCUGAUUGUUACAUACCAACUUAAAAUUGAAUGAUGUACAUGUCAUGAUUUGAGAAAUGAUCCUACAAGUAUAUGUAAACAAAUAUAUUAAGGAUAUUGCAUCCUUUCACUGGAGAGGUUAAACUACCUACACUGGAUAUCAAAUUGAAUUGCACGUGCAUGUUUCCCAAUAACUAAUGACUCGUUUCUAUAUGCUGGAUGACACUGCUCGUACAGAGUAACGUACUGUAUGAUGUAUUUAUACUGUGAAUUGGGGUCAGUGCUUUCGUCUUAUUUCUUUUAUGGCACAAUUUAAGUGUGAUCGUAGACAUGGGCAACUUUACUACGGUAUAUGGAAUGCUGCUUCCUGUUUUACUGUUACAGAAAACCAUCAGCAUUUUGGUUGUACUCUACAGGUCGGAUGGCAUAUGUCCAAUCAGAGCCAGAGUCCAGAAGGGCUCAAGUAACUUUUCUUUUGUAGGUGUAAUGUUUUGUUCUUUUAUAGGUCUUAAUGUCUUGCAACCAAAGCAAUAUGUGGAAAAAGAAAUGGCUGAAUAAAAAAACCUAUCUAA